AUGAUCGCUCAGUCACUUCUUUGUGAAAAAUGUUCCCCAUCUGCAGCUUCCGAACUUCUCUCUGUCCUUAAUCUGAAACCUGAUUGUCCAUUUCGGGACUACCCUUGUCCUUUUCUGACUCCCCACUACCCCACUUUAUUGUUCACCACAUCAAAUGACUGGUUCUUCCUUAUUCUCUCACCCCGUCGUCUUGCCCCCACUCGUCUUGCGGCUGCCAAAGCCGAAUUGGAACGCAUGUUAAAACUGGGCAUUAUCAGACAGCCUGAAAGUCCCUAG